UUGUGCAUUGGUAUUCAACGAUGCAUGAAUGUAUUGGAAUUGAUGUAUAGUACGUGCUCUCUGUGGCUGUGCGGCUCGCCUCUGUGUCUUUCUUCUUCUCUGUUCAUUUUGUUUUCACAUUGAUUUGUUGGAUAUAAUAUAGAGAGUCAGUCUAACGCGCACACCAACCAACAAAACAUUGGCUUUUUGAUUUUUCAUACCACAGCGCGCAUGAUGAUCGCUACAUUCUUUCAUAUAGUAGAGAGAAAGAGAGAGAAAGCAAUACGGGGCCGAUAUUUCGUUAUCUGUCGGUGCGUCGCACGAGAGAAGAAAAAAAUACAUUAGCUGCUACUAAUGCUGGUGCCAGUCGACUUCUUCGAAGUGGGUGUGUAUUUUAAUUAUCUGAAUACGAAUGCGACUUUGUAUUGUGCGCUGUAAGCACAGAGCAUCACUCAUACGAGGGAAAAACAUUCACAGUUUUCUCAUUCCUCUUUUAUAUUAUUUUUCCUUCUUUCUACUCGCUGAAGCUGGCAUUCGGAAUUUACGGCACUUUAUUAAAUCACAUGCUACGCUAACCCUUUUGUUCAUGUAAACAAACGUAUUGAGAAUUAUGUAAGGAAUGGACGUAUGCAUGAAACGGAAUGAAAUCGAACCAACAAUAAAAAAUCAUAUUUUGAUAUUGGAUAUUGGAAGCCUGGUUCAGAUGUUUUAAUUUAUUAUUAUCAAUUUGUGGCUGAUAAUUUCAUAAACAAUUAUAAAGACUUUUAACAUAAGACACAUAUUGCUCAUAUGUUUUAAGUAGCUACUUCAUUUACGUUUCAAAUCGCAUGUGAACUCACUUGAAUGAUGUGAACAGUAUUGCCUGAUACGAAUGACAAGAGAGCGAACUCAUCAACUUGACAGAUUGAAUUAGAUUGUGUAUACGACUUAGUUAUUUUGUGGAAAAAAGCACAAGCAACGCAUUACAUCCAAAACAAACAACUGUUUCGUUUCGACCAAAGAGUGAAUAUUCUCUGAUCAAAAUGGGUAAACGACAGCAUCAAAAGGAUAAAAUGUACCUCACGUACACAGAGUGGUCCCAAUUUUAUGGCGGCAAAAAAUUGGAAUCAAGUGAAGACGAGUACAUUAAAUUCAAGCGACUGCCAUUCGAUUGCUGUUCAAUAACGAUGAUUCCAUUUGAAACCCCGUACAGUGACUUGGAUGGCAAUGUUUUUGAAUUGGACGCAAUAAUCGACUUCUUGCAAACGUUCAAAGUCAAUCCCAUCACCGGCAAGAGCUUUGACUCUAAAUCGUUGAUUAAAUUGAAUUUUCAUCGUAAUGGCGAUGGAGAGUAUCACUGUCCAUCGUUAUUUAAACCAUUCACAAAAAAUUCGCACAUUGUGGCCAUCGCACAAACCGGUAAUGUUUUCUCCUUUGAAGCGGUUGAACAGCUUAAUAUCAAAACAAAAAAUUGGAAAGAUUUGGUAGACGACACGCCGUUUACACGCAAGGACAUUAUCACAAUUCAGGAUCCAAACAAUGUGGAAAAGUUCAAUAUUUCCACAUUUUACCAUAUUCGAAAGGGAUUGCGCGUUGAGACCGAGCAAGAGAAAUUGGAGAAGAAGGAUCCACAAGGUCGCCUGAAGACUGUAUCAGCUGAAACAAAAGAUAUUCUCAAUGAGUUGGAACGGGAUUUCAAAAGCAUUGAUAAACAAGACGAUGCGGCUGCUGGAAGUAGCAAACAGAUUGCAGAUAAAUUUAACUCCGCACAUUAUUCAACAGGAGCGGUUGCAGCCAGUUUUACAUCAACAGCCAUGCAACCAAUUUACAAUCAUGAAGCGGCCAUUCUAGACGACCAUAUCAUUCGAUAUGAACGAGUCAAAAAGAAGGGAUAUGUUCGACUUAAUACAAAUCUUGGACCACUUAACAUUGAAUUGUAUUGUGAUACGGUGCCUAGAACAUGUGAAAAUUUCAUGCGACAUUGUCAAAAUGGUUAUUACGACGGUACAAUCUUCCAUCGGUCUAUUAAGAAUUUUAUGAUCCAAGGAGGCGAUCCAACUAAAACGGGCCGUGGAGGGAAGUCGAUAUGGGGAGAAAAAUUCGAAGAUGAAAUUCUGCCAAAUCUAUCUCAUACAGGCCGUGGUAUAUUGUCGAUGGCGAAUUCAGGACCAAACACAAAUGGAUCACAGUUUUUCAUAACAUAUCGAUCAUGCCGGCAUUUAGAUGGAAAACAUACGAUCUUUGGGAAAUUAGUUGGUGGAUUGGAUACGCUCAACGAAAUGGAAAAAAUUGAAGUGGACAACAAAGAUCGGCCAAUAGAAGACAUCGUCAUUGAAAAAUGCAUCCUUUUUGUCGAUCCAUUUCAAGAGGCGGAUGAAAUGCUUGCCAAAGAACGUGCUGAUGAAUUGGAAAAGCAACAAAAAGCCGUCGCUGACGAAAAGAAGCGAAAAGAACGAAAUAAACCAUUGACAGUUUUCCGUUCUGGUGUUGGAAAAUAUUUGAAUACAGCAGCGACAGCGUCUAAAUCAUCAAAUCAAUCAACAAUAAGCACCGAAGAACCAUUGUCAAAGAAAAAGAAAACUAAAAAUUAUGGAUUCGGCAAUUUUGGUUCAUGGUGAAUGAAUGAUUUUAAUGGAAUUUAACAAAAUUAAUAAAAUAAGCUAAAGCCUUUAUUGAAUAUUUCAAAAAAAACACAGCGAAGUUUCAGUUUCUGAAAAAAUCAUUCCGCAUUCUCAUGUUCCUUCCAUUUUUUCUUCAUUUCAUCGAGUAUUUUCCGUUUCCGUGUGCUUUCAGAAGUCUUUUUCAUCUCUAAUUUUUUCAUUUGAUUUUCUACUGAUAAUUCGCCAUUAAUAUGUUCAUCUAAUCGCGUGACCAACAAUCUACGGGCUUCUUUUCGAUUCGAGGUUGCCAUCCGAUGUAAAUGGCAUUUCACAAUAAAUCCCGUUGGUUUGUGUUUUAAAACAACGCAAUUGUUAGUUUUAUUUACUGCUUGGCCACCGGGACCACUGCCACGAACCAUUUGCUCUUCCAAAUCAUUUUCAUCCAGAACCGGAACGCGAGAAUAGUCGAUGGUCUUCUUACUGUUAAGGACAACGGAGGUUCGAUAAGCACGUUGAACGACGGGUAGAGAUGAAAUGCUCUUGAGUUGCUUCGGUAAUUGAUGAUGAAACGUAUGAAUCAAAGUGCGAAUCAUUUAUACGACUCUUUUUCUCUCCAGUAGCGCUUCACCUUUCUGAAAACGGAGAUGGUUCAAUAUGAGCAAAUUUUUCAUUCACAAAGAUUGUAUCAUGAGUUGAAAAAAUACCUUAAUGUUAAACUCGAUGUCAGCGCUUGAUUGCAAGUCUUUGUUCAGUCUGAACUCUUUGCGUAUACGUUUUCUAAAGUAAGUCUGAUCAGUAAACUUCAAUUCUUGGCCGUAACGCAGCAAUUUUCGAUACAAUUGCAAAACUUCCCGAGACGUUGCUGCAUUCAUGGUAAACAAAUCAGCGAAAAAUAAAAUUGAAUCGAAAAAACUUUCAUCUACCACAUUGACAUUUCGUUGUCACAUGUGAUAUAUUGUAUCGGGC